AUGGAGCUCGGGCUAAAGGGGGUGCGUGCCACAGCGCUGCGGAGGCCCCGCCUUGCCACCGCCAGCCACCCGCCCGCCCUGCCGAUCCACCUGCCCCGCUGGCAGCGCCCUCAAACGCCGUGCGCCUCCUCCUCUCCCACCGGGCGCUCAACCCGGGGUCCCGGCCCGCCUCAGCAGCUCAGCACGCCGGCCCCCGGCACUCCGGGCUCCCGGCUGCCACCGGGCCUGGCCACCGGGGCCCUGGAGACGCGCAAAAGGUCGGCCAGCUGCGUUGGCCGGGAAUCGAACCCGGGUCAACUGCUGGAAGGCAGCUAUGCUCACCACUAUACCACCAACGCUGCACAGCCCGGGCCCGCCCCCAGACGCCCGCCCAGGGUUCGCCCCGGCGCCUGCCACGCGCGCUCUGGUCACCGCCUCUGGUCACCCACUCGGACGCCCAGCGCGCCUCGGCCCUGCCCGACGACCCCGCCCAUCCACAGCGCCAAGCUGCUGCACGCGCCAGCAGCGGCCGCCGGGCGGCCCACUCGCGCCGGCCCCACUGGGCCUGCGCGGCUCCCGCGGGGCCGCCAGCCGCCUCUGGGGGGGCGCUCGGGCCGCCGGGCCGCCGGGCGGCUCCUGGUACCACCCCGGCCCCCCGCCCCCGCCUCUGCCGGCCGGAAAACCCCGUCCCCCGAGAUCCGCGUCCCUCCCGCCACGCGCUCGCCCCCGGCCCUUCUCCACAGGGAGCUGGGAGAGGCCACAUCCCGCGCCCACGGAGGACCCGACACAACCGCGGCCCACCCGUCCCCCGCGGCCGCCCCGCCCCGCCCCGCCGCGGCCCCGUCCGGUCCGCGUCGAAUAAACGGGGAGCCCGGGCCGGCCGGCCACUCGUCAGGUGCCCUGGGCACGACGGAAGGCCCUGGCUGGGCUGUGGCGAGCCCGCAGGCGCGCGGCCCCGACGCCGAGGAAGGCAAAAGGGUGGCGGUGGUCCACGGCGGGGAUACUCACCACUAUACUAACGAGGACGGCGGCGGCCCUCCGGCCGCCCGACCCCUCUCCGCCUGCCUGCCCACGCCUACCCCUGCCCUCGACGCCCUGCCUUCCACGGGCGCCCGCCGCCUGCCGCACCGGACCCGACCCCAAACCAACGUCGUCCGCCAUCCCAGCAGCGCCCCUGCCCGACUCGGGACGGACCCCGGACCCGGACGCCGGCCCAAUACUCCCAGGGCGCCACGGUCUCUGGCCCUGCCAGGCGGGGAUCGCGCGGGGAGAAGCCGCCCACAGGACAAGCGAGGCUGCGACCGGGAGGACGGGCGCCCAGGAAGGGCAGAGGCCGAGGAGGGAGCGAGGGGAGGAGCUGGGGGAGCGGCGAGAGAGGCGGGCCCCGACGCCGCCCUCUGGGUGCGCGCCCGGGGAUGGGCGGCGGCGGCGGCCGGCGGCGGCGGCGCCAGGCGAGGGGGCUGGCUGUGCUCCCGCUCGGCGGCGGCGCGCGGCCCGUCCCUGGCGCACCCACACCGCCAGCCAGCCAGCGGCAGCCUUCGCGCGCCGCGCCCCAGCCAGGCGAGCGGCGACGCGCCCAGCCGCGCCGUCAGGAUGGCCGAGGCACGGACCCUGUUCUUGCCUGGCGGGCCGCGCCACGCCUUGCACCCCAGCGCCAGGGGCCCAGGACGGAGCUCCGGCGCCUCGACCCUCCUCCGGACCACAGGCUUUGCGCGCGCACGCCCUCCUCCACCGGCUCGCGCGCCUUUCCCACCUGCUGCCACACCCGCAGGCCUGGGCAACUUGGCGGCACCUCCCUCCUCACCUGCUUUCCCAGGGCUGUGUUCCUGUCCCUCCCAACGGCCCCUGCAGACCAGCGGCCUGCGCCAGUGCCCAAAGCCCUCCGCCGCCCUCGGUUCUCCCCCAGGCUCGUGCCCGCUGAACAGUGCCUCGCUCUCGGAGCCGUGCGCUUCCGCCCCCCAGGAGCACCCGGUGGGACACCCUGUCCUUUCCGCCCGGCCCCCAUGCCAUCUCGCCACACCCCACUCGGGUGGCCCGCGCUGCCCACGAGCAUUUUCCACCUGUCUGCCUCCCGCCGGGGACGCAGGUGGCCCAGCCACCUGCUCGCUGGCCCACCACGCGGCCCUGCCUUCGGUGGGCCUGGCCCAGGAGUCCAACCCGGCAUUAUUGCUCCCCUGCAGCGCUGGGCGGAAGGAAGUCCUGCAUCCCCAGGCCUCCCACCUGGGCGCCCCAAGCCCGGCUCGCCGGGGCCGGACCCGAGGACCCCAGCGCGCUCCCUCACCGCGCUCCCUGUCCGCCAGCUAG